CAAGUUCGUCCAGCUCGCUACGACGUCUCGUUCUCCUCUCUCAAUCCAAUAUCAUCUCAUCUCUUUCCAUCUCUCCAAGUCUUCAUCGACUCUCCGUCUGCAAUCAACAUGAUUGUCUCUACCAAGCUUAUUCUUGCCGUCCUGGCCUUCGACGCUGCCAUUGCAGCUGCAGGUAUGUGGAGACGUGAUAUCGUGGCCUUGCAGAGUCAACACCUUUCUACCAUUGCAUUCACGUCGUUUUUUCGUGACUUGUUGAAGACCCAGCUCCUAACUUGUCUAUCAUGUAUAGCUCGUGCUUAUGGGCCUGCCAAUGUCCACCACGGCAACAUCUUUGGACGUGAUGGUAAGUAUAUGUUGACUCCCAUGUUUGCAAAAGAAAACAAGCAAAGAAACGCGUCCAAAAUGGCCAUGCUAACGGGUAUCAUAGGCGAAGCGGCUGUCACUGUCACUGUGACUGACUGCAACUCGGCUUCUGGCCCUGCUCCUUCGGGCCCUGCCACUUCGGCUCCUGCCCCUUCGGCUCCUGCCACUACCAUUGUCAGCGUCUCCGUUCCUGACGUGACUUCUGCCGUUCCAACUGGCCGUCCUGAAGCUCCGAUCACUUCUUCUGUUGAGCAUACUACCACUGGAGCUUCCACUGAAGUCCCCCCACCAUCGAUGUCUACUCCAGUUAGUGAGACAAAGACUUCAGUUGUUUCCCACGAGACCCCGCGUCCUACCCGCGCUUCUCCUUCUGAGACUGUCGCUACCCCAACUCCUUCUGCUAUGGCUUCUCGCCAUGUUGGCUUCAACGCAGUUCUCGCCGGUGUUAUCGGCGCUGCCAUCUUUGCAGCUUUGUAA